AUGCCACCAAAGUCUAGAAAUACCGACAGUGCCGAAAACGGCCAAGAGCCACAGGAUGCAUCCAAAACGCACGAGGAUGUUCCCGCCUGUCAGUCUUGUCGAAAGAAGAAGGCCCGCUGCAGUCGGGAACAGCCUUGCUCGGAAUGCAUCCGCUUCAACGUCGACUGUGUCUAUGAUGAGCGGCGCAUGAAGCCUGGUCUCCGUGCCGGCGCCGUCGACCAGCUCUAUCGCCGGAUCGAAACACUGGAGAAUAUGUUCCUUGGCCAGGAAAUACUAUGGCAAACGAUGUGGAGGACAUUGUACCCAAAUGACUCCCUCCCAGAACCUAGCGAGCGACCGGCUAACAUCACAAGCUUGGCUCAGCAAAGAGAAGAGCUGAAAUUUACUUUGCUUCAGGCGUCAUCGAUUCCUGAGCGGAGGGGCGAGCAACGGAAUGGCGAUGCGGAGCCUGUCUCGCGUCCAGCAAAACGACAACGCUGCGAGUCUACUAUCUCACCGGUCUUUGUCGAUACAGAGAGCGAGAUAGACAGCCUUUUGUCGACUGAUGUCAUGACGGAGCUGGUGGACUUUUACUUCGUUAACAUCCACCCUUGGAUCCCGGUUCUUCAUGUGGCCAGAUUUCGUGAGCGCGUAGAAUCUCCAGAUGAGCGCCCGCGUAUUGCCUGCAUCCUUCACGCAGUUAUUGCUGUUUGCGCACGCUUCUCUCAGAACGAAUCCCUCUGCGACGAAGGAAAAAAGGCAAAAAUUGCUGAAAAGAGCCGACAAAAGGUCAUAUUGGACAGCACCGAGUCCUUCUCUGUCGAGAACCUGCAGGCAUUGGUGAUCAUUGCAUUUGAGACUAUUGGCCGUGGCCGCGGACCUUCGUCAUGGUCUAUUGUUGGAAGCAUGGUCGGCACGGUUGAACAACUGCAACUUGGCGUCGAGGAAGAUAUUCUAAGCCGUGCACAAAACUCAGGCGAGACUCUGAUCCGGCGCAUGGUGUUCUUGUCUCCAUCCAAGUCCUGGAGUGAAGCUGAAGAGCGCCGGCGCGUGUUCUGGACGGUGUUCUUGAUGGAUCGGUUCUGCAGCGUUUCCACAGGCUGGAAGAUAAGUCUGACUAGCGCCGAUGUAAAACGCCGUCUUCCCUGUGAAGGUGCGAUAUGGGAGAAAGAAACAGAGGUUCGGACGCCGUAUUUUGGGAUCUCAGACUCGGAGGAUACAAAUUCAACCAGUUCGCUUCAGGCUGGGAGCCGCGCGUCGAUGAACAUUGAUAAUGAGGACUCGAUCGGUGGCUUUGCGUACAAUAUUGAGGCAACUGAGUCACUAGUCCUGGUCACAAACUUCUUCCUUCAUCAUGCGUUUAUUGUUGGGGAUGCUGAGAAGGCUCGGAUUUGGUUAAUGAAGUUCAAGGAACUAGAUUUACGGCUGAUUCAGUGGAAGUUGUAUCUGCCCCCGCAAUGGAGAGAGGCCUCAGUGCUCAAUGCCGACGGUGUAAUGGAUCCGAACUUGACAUUAGCGCAUAUCACACAUAAUACGGCCGUGAUUUUAUUGCAUCAGGGAAUCGCAUACCCACCUCCCCACUGGCAGAAUUGUCCGGUGAAGCUUCCAUCCACGGCCUCUGCUGAGACAUGUUUGGAGGCAGCUUCUGAGAUCGCUACUAUCGGACGACAGUUCCUAUCAUUUUCGCCCAUCUUCACCAAUCCUCAAUUCUCGUUUUGUCUAUUCAUUGCUGGAAGGAUGCUACUGGCCCACAGCAGAUACAAUCAAGUUCCUAUUCCCUCAGCCCUCGAUACGUUGAUCGCCAGUCUCCUCGAAAUUUCCCAGCGAUGGACCGGGCGCAAUGAGACCACAAGCCCUCUCGGUGACAAUCUGGCGUCAAGCUUCGCAAAACGACUUAUAGAGGCCCAGAGUAACUCGUGUGCUGCCUCUUGUCCAAGCCUGGAUAUCAGACAGACCGCUUACUCCGACGAGUCAAGGGAGCAACAUCAACCGCCACCUGUCAUCGGAACCUCGCCGUCUGAUCCUGGUAUCUUCCCCUAUAUAGCAACUACUGCAGCACCCCAUACUGGAUAUAUAAACAGACAGCCACUGCGAGAGUCAUAUACUCUAGAUCCUUUUAGCCUCGCUUUUCCGCCACUCCCACCAGCCUUUCAGCAAGACUUCCCUGCCUUCUCCCGAUCAGAUCCACUCUCGGUAUAUGUACCGGUCGAAUAUCAAACGCCGUCGCCGUUGGAGAGGCGGUCAUACAAUCAGCAAUUUAAUUUGUGGCAAGGUCCAAAUGCGCCUUUUGGAAAUGCCGCUGUCAGUCCCCAAGAGGAUCUCUCUCACGUUUUCAACCUGAUUCCCAGUCCUGGCCAAAGGAUCAGUCGCUAUAGUGGAGCACAAAUAGGGAGCCAUGACCCGAACAAGGCACCAAGGAAUCUGUCAAUGAUGGAUAAUAUCAAUAGGCUAGGCUCUUGUGACUAA